GCAAAACAAGGAAGAAAAGAUGGCGGAUAGAAAUAGAAAGAGAUCAAAUCAUGUAUUUAUGUUGCAAGUUUAGAGUUUUGCCAGUCGCAAUCUUUGAUUCCAACCCAUGAAAUUUGAAGACGGAAGUGUCAGUGUAUUGAAAAACCAUGGGCCUGAAGCUUAGUACGCACAAUCAGCCCCGUAUGAGAACAUACUCUGGGAGCAGCCCUGCUGGCACCAGUUCGGCCACAGGGGAUUUAGCCAUGGGUCGAUCAGGGGGUGCUGCCGCCCGUGCCCGUGCCAGAAGUCUCGGAAGCUUCCAAUCCCCUGGUCAUUCGGGUGCUUUGACUAUACCAACAUCAAACGGCGCCGCUCACAGAAGCAAUUCGCCCGAUUCUGAUUCUAGCUCACCUGAAGAAGGGGGACCCUUCGGCCGCGCGUUUGCUCACUCCCUACCCGUGCAUUUGUUUGCUUUACAAGGAAUCAAGUGCCCAGUGUGCUCCAAGUUCAUUCCUCCAGAUGAUAUUGAGUGUCAUCUUGUCAUCUGCCUCACCAAGCCAAGAAUAACCUACAAUGAGGAUGUGUUGCCAGAUGACAAGGGGGAGUGUGUCAUAUGUUUUGAAGACCUGCAGAAAGGGGAUACCAUUGCCAGACUACCAUGCUUGUGUAUAUAUCACAAAGCGUGUAUAGACAAAUGGUUUGAAGUGAACCGUUCUUGUCCGGAACAUCCAGCUGAUUAGAGAUGCAAGGAGCUUUGAUGUGAGGACAGUGUCAGGAGUUCACAGCAGAUGCAAAAUGGUGGACAAAAAAACCCAAUGGUGCAUGAAUUUUGUGAUAUCAAACCUUCAAUUACCAUAUUUUGCUUGCACAGAGAAAUUGCACAGCUGCCCUUAUUGUGGUGGUAGUUGUUAAUUGCAGAGCAAUUUUGUUUGUGCCAAUCUGAUAACUUUUCCCUCAGAUGACACAAGCAAUCAAUUCUGGGAUCAAUAAGCCAGUUUCUAUAGAUAGUCACAGUUAUUUAUGGAUCGUCAAGACUUGGUUUGGAUACAUGAUUUAGUUAAAGUCUUCAGCCAGCUAUCAGUUGACCUCAAGAAUAAUCAAUCAGAAUGUGAAACAAAUCAAUGACUAACUUAGACUGAUGGCUGCCAGUUGUCACUAGAAAGGAUGACGUCACAAAUCAUUGCCAAUCUCUCUUUGACUCCGACUGUGGCAGCAGAACUGGACUGUAUAUUCUAUUGAUUGUCAAGGUGUAACAAGCAGGACUUGAUGGAGUUUCCUGUUUUGUCUAAUCUCGGAUUUGUUUGAUCCGUGUUGAUUUUGUUGCAAUGCUUCAAAAGUGAAAGGGACAUUGCCAUGAAAACAGUUAUUGCUACUUUUAUUUGACCUUUUAAAAUGUGAUCAUUUAUGAUCCAUAGGAUGGAAUGAGAAGUGCAUAUGCUAGGCUGGUUACCUAGGGAAUGCUUUUACACACCAAAAUAAUUAACUCUUUUAGUACAGAUCCCACCUUGAGGGCAAGUGGUACAUACAUCUGUCAUUAAAGGGGUGAGGGCCUGUUUUAGUUAAAAACUGAUAAUAACUGUGUAUAUGUGCUAGAGUUUCGUGUGUACAGUGUUUGGUUGGUUAAAGCUUGCAUUUAACCCAGUGGAUGGCAGUGUGUUCAGUAUUUUGACACUAUGUUUUUAUGAGUGCAGUCUCCAUGGAGACGAUGACACUGACUUGAUGGAUAUAUUCUGUGUGAUAAAAGAAUUGAAGUGGUUUAACUGGUGUAUCACAACACUCCCGCUUGGAAGACACACUCAAGGAUGGUAUAAAUGUGGAAUCACGAUACUUGACAAUGGAGGGAUGGAGUGUCUCAUCAGUGUUUUAUAAAAAAAAUUCUCAGAGGUUCUCAAGUUGCCACAAGUCACCUGUUGGUAAAAACAACUUCAGUGGAAGGAGAGUGAAAUUGUGAUAGGAUAUAUUCAUGCCAGUGCCACAUCCAUAUUUGAUGAAGUUCGGUGUAUUCAUUUAAGGAUGUUUCUGACGAAAUAUGCAUUCAACUCUUGAAGGCGGGUGUAGUAGUGAUUGAUGUGGACACUGCACAAGCUGUCCCUUGGGCACUUGCCAAGCUGGACAGUCGUUCACAGUGUGUACAGUACAACCACCGCCAUCUCUACUUGUAUCAGUCAUUUAUGUCAAUAUUAAGCCAGUCUACAAGUGGUGUCAGUUCAACAACAGUCAGCCAUCACGAAGCUAAACAGACUGUCAGCCACACCCAGACGUCAACUUUGUACAGAUUUGUCAACAUUGUACAGAUUUGUCAACUUUGUACAGAUUUGUCAACAUUGCCCGGACAUUUCAACAUUAAACAGAUUCUCAAGGUUACUCCAAUGUGUCAACAUUAAUAGGUUUGUCAACAUUACCAAGAUUUGUCAACAUGAUAUGGUCUUUUCAACAGUGCCCAUAUUCUGUCAAUAAUCAACUGAUUUUGUCCACGGAAGGAUAUUUGUGAGUGUACCCAGAUUGUCAACUGCACUGAUUUGUCAAUUAUUCAUCGUGGGUAGGGUCAAUCCUGUUCUUGUUUCAGCAAUGCCUGAUCUUGUCAACGGUCAGGUUCUGAAAACAGUGCUCAUGUUUGUGAACUACUGGGUCUUGUCAGUGGUGCCAAGGUAUGUUGUCAAGGAGAUGAGCACUUAUCGAUGGUGCCAAGAAUUGUCAGAUGAGACUUGUUAGUGGUGGCCAGGCUCGAAGUGAAGGAGACAAGACUUGUCAGUGGUAUCGAGAGUUGUUUUCAGUGGUGCCAAGACCUAUUGUCAAAGGUGCCAAAACUGUUGUCAGCUGUGCCCAGGCUUGUUGUAAAUGGAGACAACACUUGUCAAUGGUCCCAAGACUUGUUGUCAUUGGUGCCAAAGCUGUUGUCAGCGGUGCCCAGCCUUGUUGUCAAUGGAAACAAGGCUUGUCAAUGGUGCCAAGACUCGUUGUCAAUGGUGCCCACCCCUGUUUGUCAGUAGUGACAAGACUUGUCAACAGUGUACAGACACUUAGCCAAAUGAACCUAUUGUGUGAUAUAAACUUUUUGUAAGAUUGUAUACAUACAUGUACAGCAUGUUGCUGCCGCCAUGGACGUGACCUGAUAUUAUACAUAUAUAUGUUGUAUCUGUCACUGCUUCUUGUAACCCAAUGACUUUUGUGCAUGUGGCUAGAAUUGGACUCUAUGCUCUGUAUGUUUGGUCAAGGUUGUCGCAUGUGAUAGUGAUGGAAACAUGUAAAGUUAACAAACUAUUAUGUACUUUCCCCACAAUGCAACCUUCAUUGCCUAUGUUAAUUAGACUAUGCUGAUCUUAAUUCAGAUUUGUGGGGUAGCCUAGGCGUUAAAGCGUCCGCUCGUCAUGCCGAAGACCCGUGUGAUUCCCCACAUGGGUACAAUGUGUGAAGCCCAUUUCUGGUGUCCCCCGCCUUGAUAUUGCUGGAAUAUUGCUAAAAGCGGCAUAAAACCAUACUGAGUGACUCACUAAUUCAGAUUUGUCUGUUUAACAUGUUAAAAGGUAAGGACGUGCUUCAGCAGAAACUAUAGAGCAUUUUUAAAUGUAAUUGUAACAUUAUAUGUACAUCAGGUUUAUAUUUAUUAUGGAUCUCAAGGUAACUGAACAAACAUAUUACAAAAUUCCCUGUCACAAUUCUGAACAAUCAAAGUCAUAUGAAUGAUCAAUAUUGGUAAAAUCAGCAUAAAACCAAAUUUCUCACUCACACUUUGUACUAUAAUGAAGUAACAAUCAAACUGAGAAUUGUUUAACUCAGUAAUAUUGUGAACUGGGAGAAUUUUUCUAGUCUGAACUUGUUAAAAAGUUGUCAACAAUUGUGUAAUUUAACUGAAGGUAGUAAAGAUUGAAGUUGUU